AUGCCCUGCUUCCAGGGCCUGGCCGUCAGCAUCCACACGCCUGACGGUCCGCUGCCAGAGUACUCGAUCCAGAAGCAGAGCAGGUCUCACCGCAUCACCUCGUACAUCCCCGUUCCGCCCGCCAAAGUCCCCGUAAACUCGACGUCGAACAAGCCGGAGCAGUCCACCUUCGCCAUCUCCAUCACCCUCCUCACCCCGGGCUUGAACGUCCCUUACUCGACCCCGAAGCCCACCCCGGAAGACCCUUACCCUAGGCCGCGCAUCGUCGGAGGCCUCCCUAACAAUGGCAUCGAGCGCGGCAAAUACGGUCCGGUGAUCGGUCCCUACAUACCUUUGACGUCUUCGGCGAAUGAGACCAUCGCUGCGUACAUAUACUUUGACGGGAGAGCCAAGGAAGAAGUCGCCACGCUGUUGCGCAGGGGCGAGGAGACAUGGGUCAAUUCCCGAUGGGUCAGCGUCCCGGAGUCAGAAGGCGGCGGUCUCGCCGAGCGCGAGUUCUUGUUCCGCGAGGUGGGUCUCGAGCGCUGGUUGAACGGUCUUGACCUCGAGGGCAAGGAGAAGGACGUCGCGGCCAGGAUAGAGCGGAGGAAGAAACGAUUGGAGAAGAAGAGGCGAAAGAAGGAGGAGGCCCACCGCAGCGACGACUCGGAUGAGGAAAUGGCGAAGCCGCUUGACAAGAAUGGCGUCCUGAGGUAUGGUGACGACAGGAAUGACCCCGUCGAGGCGCUGUCUGGCGACGAAGGCCUGUUCACAUCCGACUCGGAUUCCGACGACGAGCCACCCAUGCCGGAGGCUGCCGGUCAGAUCAAGGUCGCCCUCUUCCGCGUCCUGGCCUCUGGCGAGAUCAAGAGAGGAGAGUAUUCUCCUCAAUUUGACGCGCACGACGACGACGAUGCCGCCAAUGGCGGCGAUCCCAGCAACGCCGAUGCGGAUGUGGACCACACGACAAGCUUCGCGAAGCCCAAGUCUCUCGAUCCGAAGUCGAUUAGCACGCAGACGGUCACGGGCAUUGACCCGCCGGACAGACCAUACGCCGUCUUCACCUUCUUCUACAGAGGCGAAAAGCAACUGCGCAAGAUGGGCAUCCUCCCCACUCUCAACGCGCCGGCCAAGGCUCCCGUGGCGGCGAAGCGGAAAUCUGGUCUCGACUUUGGUAGCUUGAAGCCUCUUACUACGACGGGAACCAAGGGCUUCGCUGGCUAUCGUGAUCCAUCGGCUCCGUCACCGCCAUUCAAGAAAGGCGGCAAGAAGAGGGACGAUGAUGCCAUGGACAGCGACGCUGAUGACGAAGAAGAUGCGCGCAUUGGCGGUGCCGACGAUGAUGAUGAUACAGAGAUCAAGAAAGAGCUGGGUUCGGAGAACCCGGAGGAUCUGGCGAGGCAGGGUGAGCUCGCGGAGGGUGUGCGCAAGAUCAAGCUUAAGCGCGCCCACUCGGCCGAACCCGUCAACGAGUCUUCGCCGCCCAAGUCGUCCACCAGCCCCACGGGCACGGGCACGGGCACGCCCGCCUCGACAAUCGGCAGCGGCAACCCCGUGACGUCAGCGCCAUCCCUCUCAGCCGCGCUUGCGGGCUCUGAGUCCGGCCCGGAGGUCGUCGGCAGCCCCUUCAAGAAGCAGCGCGCGUCGCUGCCAGGCUUCGACGACGCGGCGCGCGCGGCCUCGGCACAGGCUCGCAGCUUGAGCGACGCGGGCACGAGCAGCAGCCUCGCGGCGAGCGCUAUGGCGGCCGCGGCGGCGCAGGUGCCGUUGCCGGAGGUGAAGCAGGAAGCGAUGGAGGAGGAUGAGGAGCUGUGA